AUGUUACCGUCUACAGCAACCAUAAUGUCUGCACCGUCGCAGGCUGAAUCACCAAGAGAACGGAUCGCUGCUGUACCUAGAUCAAGGGCAGGCUGCGAACCAUAUGUUCUCUUAUGCAUAGCUGACCAGUCAUUCUGUGCAAGUAAGUCCCACUUCUAUAACUUCAUGUUCACACUUGUUGAUGUUAUAGUCUUGGAUAGAUCCCGUCAUGUUAAAUGCGACGAGUCAAACCCUAUAUGUCAAAAAUGCCUAGUGGGCGGAUUAGUUUGUAUUUAUCAAUCGCUUGUCGGUCCAAGAAAAGGAACACUUCACAGAAAGAUAGCGCCAAAAAGAAAAAUUGCUCAAUAUCAAUACUUUGAGUUCUUCAAGAAUAAAAAUGCAUCGCUUCUUUCAGGCUACUUCGAUACGGAUUUCUGGGAGCGACUUGUACUUCAAUUGUGCCACCAAAAGGAAUUUGUCAAACAUGCUGUCGUCGCUUUAGGAUCACUUGCGAGAAACAUGGAAGUGGAUUUCGAUUCUCCGUUAUCCAACAACACUCGACAUACAGCUCCCUCUGAGCAUUAUCUGUUCGCUUUGAGAGAGUAUUCAAAAUUUCUACGUCUGGCAAGACGGAACACAAAUAAAGUUGUGGAAUUAGAUAGGUUACAAAGUAUACUUGUCUCAUGUGUCUUGACCAGUAUUUUCGAGUUGUAUCAAGGUCGUCAAGAAGCUUCUAUCAAAAUCGUCGUAUCAGGCCUCAAAAUUGUAUCUAGUGUUAGAGAAUAA